AUGACAACAAAUACAACAGUGCCACUGGCUGCAGAGCCAAAAAUUGGCCCGAACGAGGUUGUUAAUGUCGGCCACGGACCCAAGACAGAACGAAGUGCAGCAGAUGUCGAGCAACAGGUUCCUCCAACAGGCUCGCAAAAGUCGACUUUCAGCUCCCUCGGAAUUCUGGACCGAUAUCUGGCUGUCUGGAUCUUCCUGGCCAUGUUGAUUGGUAUCCUGCUGGGUAACUUCGUGCCCAGCGUCGGGCCGGCGCUGCAAAAGGGCAAAUUCGUUGGUGUAUCUGUGCCAAUUGACCAGGAGGGACUUAGAAACGGCCUCAUCCUUGUCGGCGUUGCACGGUGUAUCGCCAUGGUUCUGAUCUGGACGAACUUGGCCGGUGGUGACAAUGACUACUGUGCAAUACUCGUCGCCGUGAACUCGUUCCUUCAGAUCGUUCUCUUCGCUCCUGUUGCCCUGCUGUUCCUCCGCGUCAUCGGUGGCAACAAUGAUCUCGUCGUAUCGUACUCGACCGUCGCCACGGCCGUGGGUGUGUUCCUUGGCAUUCCACUCGGCGCUGCCAUUGUCACACGCCUCGGGUUCCUCUUGACCGUGGGGGCCGAUGCAUACUCCAAAAAGAUCAUCCCCUUCCUGGCGCCGUGGUCGCUCAUUGGGUUACUCUAUACCAUCGUCGUUCUCUUUGGGUCACAGGGUGCUCAAGUCGUGCAUCAGAUCGUGUCAGUGGUGCGUGUGGCUGCUCCUCUGCUCGUGUACUUUACCGUUAUCUUCUUUGCAACGCUAUUCGUCACGCGGAGGCUGGGAUUUCGCUAUGGACUGGCAAGCACCCAGGCUUUUACAGCGGCCAGCAACAAUUUUGAGCUGGCAAUCGCGAUUGCCGUGGCGUCAUUCGGAGCUGAUUCGGAUGAGGCGCUAGCCACUACUGUCGGGCCGCUGAUCGAGGUGCCAGUCCUCAUUGCUUUGGUAUACUUGGUCAAGUGGUAUGCGAGGAAGACUGGCUGGAAGGACUAG